UUGUGUAAAUGGCGACAUGUGCUUGUAGAAAAAGCUGGAUUUCUCUUGCCAUGUAUGUCAACAAGUUUAUUCAUUGACAGUAUCUUAUUUUAUUGCUUGUGGUAAAGGAUAUCUUGACUGGUGUGUUUCAACUCAUAGGAGGUUAAUUCAUAUCAGCUAGAAAAAUAGAAUAUAUGCAAGUUGCAGAACACCAUAUGAAGACAACGUGGCUUCAGUGUUUUUGACUUGGAAAUUAUUAAAGACGUGAUUUUGAAACAUUCAGGAAAAGCAAGUAUCAUUUAUUAACCAAGUGAAAGAGUUUGAUAAAAGUUUAGUUGAACAUCACAGCAAAGAAGAAGCAAACUGUGACACCACAUUUUGGGUCGAAGGAAGAUUGCAUUAGCGAAUGUCAAAUCGAGGCUCUGUACUAACGUGACAUUCUCGGGUUUGUUUACUAUUUCGGACCUACAGUAACGCAGUGUUGCUGGCCAUUUAAGGCUGUAAAAAUAAGAAAAUGCCAACAAGUAAUAAUUAUUUUAGUUGUUGAUUGGCGUUUUGAUUGUCAAAGUAAGAAAUUAUUGUUUCUAUACUCGUCCAUCUGGUUAAACAUCGGUGUGCAUUAUAAAACAUGGCGGCUGUAACUGUAAGUAGUGCCUCCAGCUCUAAUGAGAGUUUCCACUCAGAAAAGAGUAAUGUCACCCGGCAGAGUAGUAACCCAGAGCUGGAGCGACCCAACCCCUGGAAGAAAAAGGAGGUUGUCCCCCCAGAACCCGCCGAAAAGGGAAAAGAAACUCCUCCAGCGCCUACCCCCAAAGAGGAGGAAGAUGCUAAAGCUGAAAAAGGGGAAAAGGAAACUAAAGAGCCCACAGUGAAGAAAUUUGACAAUAAAACAUAUGUGGAGGCACCCUUACCCAAAACCAACCCUUGGAAUAAGGGAAAGAAAAGCCCAGCUGUUCCCGUUUCUCCAAAAGCUGCUCCUGCUAAACCAGCAGUUGUCGAACCAGACCCUUUGUUUCUGGACAAUUCUGAACCUGUUGAUGUCGUCAAACAAAAACCAGUCAAGGCAGAUGUUGCUGUAGCUAAAGAGAAAACCCCAGAGAAGCCAUCAGCACCACUCAGUGAUGAGAACUGGCCAGCUUUGACUGAAGUCACAGAGGUCUUGGUUCCAAAGAAAACCACUUCCAUGAAACCAACACCGACAGCACAGACCAACGGCCAACAGCAGCAAGUGUCCUCAGAUUCAGGGGGAGACGACUCCUCAAAAGAAAACAAGGAAAGUAACUCUGGCGGUGAGGAAUCCCAACCACAUCCAAAAAGGAAAGGCAGAGUUGCCUCCAAACAGAAGUGGGUGCCCUUAGACAUAGAGACCAAGAGAAGGAGUAGAAGUCAUGGCCGAGCGAACCCCCGGGAAUCUAGAAGAGGAGGCAGAGAUGAUAAAGGCUCAGACAGUAAGAACUGGCGUGAUGACAUGAGACCACCGAGCCCCAGGGAGGGGCGAGGUUUCCGUGGAUACGGAUUUCGAGGGCGGGGCAGGGGUCGUGGAAGAGGCAGGGGUGGCAGAGGAAGAGGAAUGGAUCAGACCGUGGAGAACUUGACAGGUCAAGAUUUUAAGUACACCUAUGAUGGAGAACAGUUUUAUGCUGACCCAGCUUCAGUCAGCCCUACUGCCGGUGGCGUCUCCCCCUCCGGAUUUGGAACUGUGUAUUUCAAUAAUCCUUACUCGGAUGAAACUACACUGAAAGAAUAUGUCAGAAAACAAAUUGAGUACUACUUCAGUGAGGAGAACUUACAGCGGGACUUUUUCCUGCGGCGUAGGAUGGAUGCGGAAGGCUGGAUUCCCAUCAGUCUCAUCGCCAGUUUCCAUCGAGUUCAGGCACUCACACAGGACGUCAACCUCAUUAUACAGGCUCUAAAAGACAGUGAAACUCUGGAGGUGUCUACUGACAAUUUAAAAGUAAGAGGGAAAGAAGAGCCAGCUAAGUGGCCCUUACAGAGCCCUGCAGGACUGCCUUUCUCAUCUAACCUACACGCUGAUGUUCCCGAGUUUGUCCCCGGCAAGGCUUACACAUUCCACCCUGAUGACAGUGGUAUUUCUCAUGAUGCUGAAGAUAUCCACGAUGACUCGCACCAUGGCAGUGGAAUUGGAACCUUUUUGGAUGACAUGACAAACUUUGAUCGUCGUGGACAUGAAGUCUUGUCCUCCAGCGCGCCAGAGUUACACGGAGAAUGGAUGGAGGUCAAACGCAAAGUCAGAAUGGCUAAAAAGAAAGAGGAGAAAGAGAAUGAAGCUGAUGUAUCUACAAAAGAAGAUGAAAAAGAAGAGCUGGAUUUUAUGUUUGAUGAAGAAAUGGAUGGGUUUGAGGUGGGACGCAGAAAUCACUUUUCAGAAUGGUCUGAUGAGGAAUCAGAUUAUGAAAUCACAGACCAGGAUGUCAACAAGAUUUUAAUUGUGACCCAGACCCCACCUUCUCUCAAGAAGCACCCCCAGGGUGAUCGCACGGGGGACCAUAUCAGUAGGGCCAAAAUGACCGCCAACAUGACCAAGGUCAUCAACGAUGGUCUAUUCUAUUAUGAGCAGGAUCUACAUGAAGCUUUAGAGAUGGAUUUUAGUCAAUUCCGUACAGUCAGUGUUAUUUCUCAGGAAGAAUUUCAAAGUAUUACCCCCAAUGUCUCAACCCCCAACCAACAGGUGCCCCCGCCCCCUCCAGUCACACUACAGUCAGCUGCCAAAAAAGUACCAACACCACCUCUGAAUGAUGCCAAUGGUACGAUUCUCGCUCAGUCACUGCCAACAAACGUUCCUAACACUCCUGGAAGACGAGACACUGGUCCUCGUACACCCAAGAGUAGAGCGGAUGAUAAGACCCCCCGGUUCUACCCCGUCAUGAAGGAUUCUAGCCAUCCUCCUGACCCCCAGACCCCCAGAAAGAAGAAGACGAGACACAGCAGUAAUCCCCCUAUUGAGAGCCAUGUAGGCUGGGUGAUGGACUCAAAGGAGCAUCGUCCAUCUAGAUCUCGUAAUAACUCAACGUCUCAGAGCCCUACUGAUAGCCAGAUGGCAACCGCUUUUGGCAGCUAUGGUAGUACACCUCACACAUUUGCUAACUUCCAUCAUCCUUCUCAUGAGCUUCUGACGGAUAAUGGAUUUGUUUGGCAUGUGUACCACAAAUAUCAUUCCAAAUGUUUGAAAGAUCGUAAAAGGUUGGGACCUGGGCUUUCACCUGAGAUGAACACAAUGUUUCGUUUUUGGUCUUUCUUCCUUCGACAACAUUUUAACAAGAAAAUGUACUCGGAGUUUCACCAGUACGCUGUAGAGGAUGCUGCUGCUGGCUACAGGUAUGGCCUGGAGUGCCUAUUUCGGUUCUACAGUUAUGGUCUAGAGAAGAGAUUCAGGCCAGACUUAUAUAAAGACUUCCAAGAGGAGACAAUAAGAGACUAUGAAAAUGGUCAGCUGUAUGGUCUAGAAAAAUUCUGGGCUUUCCUGAAGUAUUCUCGGAGACAGGUAGAUGUGGAUCCUAAGCUAAGACAGUGGUUAUCCAAGUAUAAACGCUUGGAGGACUUCAGAAUAGAGAUGUUUGCUGAUCAGGAGGGCGGUCGCCAGAGACACCCUAGUACAUCGAGCAUUCGUGAGCGUCAGAUGUCCGGCUCCCAGAGGGAACGACACGCUUCAGGAUCGAAAAGUGCCAAAGCUAACAUAAACAUUAAACAGCAACAGCAAAAAGCAAAGGAGCAUCGCCGAGAGAGGACAGUGUCCGAUUCUCAGUCAAUUCAGAAACCCAGAUAUGGUGGUGGUGCAGCCAGGAAAGACAAUAGAUCGCAAACAACCCAACAGGACAAGAAGCCCAGGCCCGAUAGCACUCAAUCAUCUAACCAUGGGAAGCAAUCACAGGGAAAACAGGAGAAAACCGAUUCUGUGAAAAAAGACGAUAAAGCUGAGCAUGCUAAACCAACACAAAACAAAGAGAAAAGUGAUCAGCCCAAGCCAGCAGGCAAACCUGACCAGUCGAAACCAGACAGUCAGACAAAGAAAGACCAGUCAAAACCAGACACUCAUUCUAGGAGGGAUCGCCCAAAUUCUUCUGGAAAUGUGAAACAGGAGACACGACCAAAAUCAGGUCAGGGGAGGACAGACAGAACUGCCAAAUCAUCCCCAUCCCCAGUGCCCAAAUCUGCCCCCAGCCAGUGUAACCAGAACUCCAAACCGGCAUCAUCACAGAAACCACAGUCCAGUAGUAAAACCACUAAGUCAGCUGAUGCUCAACCAACUUCUCAAGCCAAGACCUCAAAACCUGAAUCCAAGUCAUCACCACAGCCUAAAAGUCCUCGAUCAGGGGGCUCUAAUCAAGCUCAGAACCAGGCGAAAGUCACACCCGCUGCUGCAAAAACUAGUGAGACAAACUCAAAAGACUCAAAAGCUGGUGAAAAGCAGGCCUCAUGAUUAAAAAAAUUCUUUUAAAUUGUUCGCCAGUGAAGUAUUUCGGAUAAAGACAUCAAUGUGAGCUUUACAGGCAUAUUCCAUUUACUUAGUGCUAAAAGGCUUCUUAAAAUAUUAUUAUUCUUUGAUACUCUGCAAAAAAAACUUGUUAUCAGAUAUUUCAUUGUUUGAUCAUUGUUGAUAUUUUUGUUACAAAGGCAUUCUUAUUUUAGCAUUUAUACAGUCUGUUGUUAUUGAAACUUACAUGUAGUUGUAGCUUUUGCAUCUCUUUUUUCAUAAAGUGGCAACCAUUUGCAUCUGUUUUUACCCAUACAAGUAAAUGAGCUUGUAUUUGUAAUGUUUUAUAAAUUUAAAUUGUAAUUAGAAUAUUCAUAUUUUCUUUUAAAACCGAACCCACAUACGCUUGCCAUUGCUGUAGCUUAAUAGUUUUCAGGCUUCAAUGGGAAUAUACAUGUAUAUAAAUAUUACCAUUAUUAAGCUGCGAUUUGGAUAGUGUCAUCGUUGUUUGAUGUCAUUCAUAUAUUCAUCAGCGGAAAUCUUGGGAUCAUGAAAUGUAUUUACCUCGAAGUUGAACAGGCUGUUGUGGGUCUAAAUUGAACUAUGCAAUAAAAUUUCUUGUCUGGCUUGGUGAAAUUUGCAUGUAAGCACUACCCAUUUAGCUCUUUCAGUUGGCAUGGUGUGUAGGUAGCAUUCAUUCAUACAGGCCUCGGUAGGAAUCGUAAAUUUCUUUUAAUCCAUCAGGGUUUUGAGAGGUUUCUCAGCUAUAACACUUUUGAAUUUUUUGGGUAAAAGAUUUGAGCUUUCUAUGAUUUUUCGUCUUUGUUGCUUGCACAUAAAAAAAAAACAUGUCAACAUAGAAAUGAUGAGACCUCUGAAGUUGUCAGGUAAUCUGAUCAGCGAGUGAUUUGAUCCACUUAGUGGUGAUGACUACACUUUAUAAAAGGAGUUCUAGUGUCGAUAUAGAUACAUAUUUGUUGUGUACAUAGAAUUAUGUAUUCUCACAGUUGUAUUGCUAAUUGUGUUAUUGAGAUUUAUUGUAUAACAUUAUUUUGUCUAAUUUCCUUAUAAAGGUCAUGGUCAAAUUCUAGAUUCUGUCAGUUUUUAGUGACAGCAUAUGUGCCAUUUGUACUAGCUAAUUAGAAUGGCAUGUUAAUAUUUAGAUACAGGUUAUAACAAUUGUGGUAGUUUAGAGUAUCAGUAAUGUACACAAUUCAAUGGAGAAUUGAAGGGCUGCUCACUAUCAUAUCAAGCAUGGUUCUGUUGAGCUUGAUACUAAUUUUAUAAUUUCCACUUCGAUGAAUGUAAUCACAUAUUGUAUAAUUUAUGAAGGAUUUCAAGUAUUGUUUUUUUUUUUUUAAGUGGCAGGUAUGCAUUUAUGCAUUUUUCAUGUGGUUAUUAUUACCAAAUUAAAUAUUUCCUAAUAAUUGCAUGGUGUAAUAAACUUAACAUUAAUUUUCAUUCUGAUUAUUUAGUGCUUAUGGUCCAGAAUUCCUUACAGAGUUAUAUCUUUUUUUCCCUUCACUGUUUUGAUAUUUCAAUCUUUAUCCUUAUACCCCCAUAUAUUUAUAUAUGUGUCAGAGAAAAUUUUAGUGCUUUGUAUGAAAAUAAUCACCUGUAACCUUGGUAACAAAUUUCUUGAUGAAUUGAUUUUGCUGGAAUUGUGUAUGUGUAUGGGAUUGAAGUGGAGUGUGAUAUGUAUUUGAAGCAAGAGCUUACGGACCUGUAUAUUGUUACAUGAUGUGUUGUUGUUACUUCUUUCACAUUAUUUGUGUCAAUUGUAAUGCGUUAUUUUCUGCAUUAUAUGUAUUUUUGAUUAGAAAAAAAAUUAAAAACGUAAAACUUAAAAAAAAAAAAGCGAAAGGAAAAUUUUUUUUUGUUUGCUAUGUAUAUAGUUAUUUAUGUACAGUAUCAAGAUAGCUUCCCUGUUAUUAUUAUAUAUAUGAUUGUGUUCACCGAUAUGUUGAAAUUUUCUGUAUUAAUGAAUAUCUUAUAAUCAUGAAGGAGAUUUUAUGAAUCAAAGAAAGUUAAUGUGUAACUACAUGGAGAAUGAAUGUACAUGUACAUUUUGUUAAUUAUUGAUUUGUACAAUAGAAAUGUACUCUGCACUUUAAGCAAUUCUGUUUUUAGAUGAACAUUUUAAUCCCUUUUUGCCAACCAUUUGUUUAUUCUGAAAUACUGUUUGGACUUUAUAUUGUCUAAAAAAUCAGUAAAACCAAGAUAAUUCUUAUAUUUUAUGUAACUGUACAUAUAAAACAAAAUUUCCUUUUACAAGAUUAUGCAAUUUGAAAAUUUGCUGUAAAACACAAAACCCAGUGAUAGUAGAUCAUCACCACCAUAUGCUAAUCUUGAGAUCAUUCUGUCUGUGGGAUUAAACCAAGGGAGUAUAACAUUUCCCAUAAUUAUUCUUAUUUGUUUCACUAUUCUUGUACAUGUAUCAUCCAUUAUGAUUAUAAUGAUUGGUGUAUUAGGUCUUUUUGUUAAUUUUUCUGAUGGAUUAAAUGGAUUUAUUUCAUUUUUAUAUUGUAUUUCAGAGUAAAACCCUGCUAUGAAAAAAAAUGAUGCAAUGAUUAAUUCAAGGUUGUUCAAUAUUUAGGAAAGGAAAUGGCAAUUUUUGAGCAAAAACUAAUAUUGUGAUUGAAACCUAGGUGCUUUAAGUUUCCUUUUUGUACAGUUUACAUACAUUAUUGUGGAUGGGUGAAUAGCCAGCAUUAACUACUGUAAGUCCAUGCUGUAUGUUUUUGUUGCUUAUAACUAUUAUUUCCAUAGUUAGUAGACACUAUCAGAAGAAAUAAAAAAAAAAUUCCAAAAAGAAAAACUUCAAA